AUGGCGGGUCACGCUCCGGGGCUGUGCUGCCCAGCUGCUCCUCUCAGCGGGGCUGCCCAGCUGCUGCUGCCCGCUGCCCGCGUCCGCCUGACGGGGAGAUGUGUGCCGGCGGGAGGCACGCAGGUGUCGCUUCUGAAUCGUUUUUCAGAGUGUUAUGCUGACUUCUUCAGAGAGGACUUUGAUGUGAAGGCUUACACGUCGCAGUCGAUCCAUCGGGCGGUGAUAGCUGAGCAGCUCGCAAAGCUUGCCCAAGGUAUCAGCCAGCUGGAUAAAGAGCUGCAUGUACAAGUUGUUGCAAGACAUGAAGACCUGUUGGCUCAAGCAACUGGAAUUGAAUCUCUAGAAGGUGUUCUCCAAAUGAUGCAGACCAGAAUUGGUGCUCUACAAAGUACUGUUGAUAGAAUUAGAGCCAAAAUUGUUGAUCCCUACAACAAAAUAGUGUCUCGCACGGCUCAGCUAGCAAAGCUUCAGGCUGCCUGUGACUUGCUGAGGAGGAUAAUACGCAUCUUGCAUCUCAGUAAGAGACUUCAAGGACAACUACAAGGGGGAAGCAGGGAGAUAACAAAAGCUGCCCAGAGUCUCAAUGAACUUGGUGAGUCCUUCUUGCUUUUAGAGGCAUUUUUAGCUUGUGCUCAUAUGACUCACGUUGGUGUUUGACUUUGCAAGAAAAUG